AUGAUUCGUAUCAAUGCCUUUCGUAUUGAUUUGGUUGGAGGCUCUUGCGGCGAAGACCUUCUCUCACUGGCUGCAGCUGCUGUUGAAGGUGAAGGUGCAGUUGGCCAUGCCGUUUACAUGCUGCCAUCUUUCUACAAUCAUGACUGCGGUGAAGAGCUGCGGAUAUGUUAUAUAGAUGCAAGCAUGGGAUAUGAGGCUCGGCAAACACUACUCUCUCAAGGAUUUGGCUUUUGCUGCAACUGUUUACGCUGCCAGUCCGGUGACUAA